AUGGCUGUGUCCCUAAACCUUCCAACUCUUCCCAAUUUGUACUGCAAUGAAGCAGCUAGCGACGUUGUCUCCUGGGAACCUGAUUAUGAUGAAUGUCAAAUUGUUCCUUUGGCAUCUUCAGAUUCAUAUUUCUUCAUCGAUUAUAACGAUGAUUCUUUAAUUAAUAUGUUUGAUUCAGAGGUUGAUCAGUUGCUGGAAUCCAAGUUGCUUUCAAGAUUUUAUGAUCUUCCUGAUAUUGUUACAGCUCGUCAAGAGGCAGUUCAAUGGAUGCUAAAGGUGCACUCUUUCUACAGGUUUAGGCCUGAAACUGCUUAUCUUUCAAUAAACUACUUGGAUCGUUUCCUCUCAGCUCGAGCUUUACCGCAAGGGAAAGGGUGGCCUAUGCAGCUUUUAUCAGUAUCAUGCCUUUCUCUAGCAGCAAAAAUGGAGGAAACAACCGUACCCUUUCUCAUAGACUUGCAAAUAAUAAAACCCAGAUUCUUGUUUAAGCCCAAAACAGUCCAAAGAAUGGAGCUUUUAGUCAUGAAAACUCUAAAUUGGCGAUUGCGCACCAUUACUCCUUUUGAUUUUGUAUAUUAUUUCAUUGCAAGGAUUUCAUGUAUCAAUAAUUCCCAACAAAACAGCCAGUCAGAUAUUUUUUCUUGCGCCUCUGAUCUCAUUAUUAGUACAUAUAAAGCAGCCAUUGAUUCCUUGGGUUACCCUCCAUCAGCAAUUGCUGCAGCCGUGGCACUAUGGCUGACUAAUCACAGUGUGGACAACCAGAAUUUGGGGUGCUUACACAAUAGAGUGAACAAAGAGAUGGUAAAGAAGAUUUACAGGAUCAUUCAAGGGAAAAAGUCUGGUUUGGAACCACCGCCACCAAGUCCCACUGGUGUGCUUGAUGCUGCUAUCCAAGGAAGCUGCAAACUGCAGAAAAUUGGCAACAGAAUAUGAAUUCCAGCAAUAAUAACUCGCUGCAAAAUAAGUGCUAAUGGAGCAGGAAAUUAAUGUUUGAUUUACUGAUAGAGGAAAGAAAAAAAAAAAUCAUGUUUUGGUUUGUAAUUUUAUGCAAUUCUUUUUACAAAGUGUCCCUGAUUUUCUUCUUCUUUUCUUCCUUUAUUUAUUUAUUUCUUUUGGUUUUGUUAUUUGAUUAUGGCAAAGUGAUUUUGAUUUGUGAGAAAGUUUUUCUCACAUUGCAUUUUCGCUUGAUGCACUAAUAUUAUUCUACUUUUCGCUUGACGCACUAAUAAUCCACUUUUAUAAGGAAACUUCUUUGUCACCAUGACAAUUACAUAUUUACAAAAUUA